AUGGUCCUCAUCCCCGUGAGGAAAAACAAACUCCAGGCCGCCUGGGAAGGGCCCUUCAAGGUUGUGAAGCAACUAAACGAGGUAAACUAUGUGGUGGAGCUGUCGAACCGGGCACACCACCACCGGGUGUACCAUGUGGCUUCCCUGCUGUGCGGCCAGUUGGCUGGGGUGGUGGAGGAGUACGUGGUGGUGGACUGUCGCUAUCCCUAUGAAUACGCGGGGGGACACAUAAAGGGCGCCCUGAAUCUGUACCGAGAAGAGCAGCUGGCGAGGUGGUUCCUGCCGGAUCCCUUGGGCACGACCCCGUGCCCCCGCAGCAGUGUCCUGAUCUUCCACUGCGAGUUCUCCUCUGAGAGAGGCCCCCGAUUGUGCCGCAGCCUGAGGAGAAUGGACCGUGAUGCCAAUCGGUACCCGGAGCUCUGGUACCCAGAGCUGUAUGUGCUACGUGGCGGCUACAAGGAAUUUUACCAGCACUUCCAGGAUCUCUGCGAGCCCCAGGGCUAUGUCCACAUGCGACACAAGGACUUCCGAGCCGAGCUUAGGAACUACCAGCGGAGGAAACAGCCUUGGAGCCUGCGCAGGAUCCGCAAGGAGCUUUUCAAGCCCCUGUGCCCAGGGUCUCCCUUCCCAUAGCAACCCAGAGCCCGUCCCUGACUCACAGCGAGGUACCCACUAGCCCCACCCCUUGCCUCUGAAAUGGAGCUGCCCCGUUCCCGUUUGGCAAGUCAGACCUUCUCCUGCUGGCUGCUUCUGGAGUUCCAGCAUCCCAGCUGUAAUUUAAGACUCUAGCCUUUAUGGUUGCAAAGAAAACCUUCAAAAUAGGGCUCUGUGAAUGAACCUGAUGCAGUGACGUCUUCCUGAGUCUGCUGGCAGCCUGAAAUGAUAGCUCUGCGAGGUUGAACAGCUCCAUUCAGCUCGUUGGAUGUUGACUUGAUGGCAGCAUUGUUCACUUUUCAUUUCGGACCCAGACACACAGGACAGAGGAGGAGUCAUCAUUUCAUGGAGACCUGCGCAAUUUGCCUUUAUUGGUGUCACAUUUUAGUGCCUUGAAAGGGUGGAGUUUGGUCUGUGAGUGGAGCUUGGGUGCACAUCACUCCUUCCCCCUCCAACUGACCUCUGCCCCUGUCCCAGGGCAGUGAUUGACAGGA